CGACGGUCCGUGAAGGCAUCAGCAGAGGAGGAAGGAUCCUUGGCAACGCUGUCACAAAGCUAGCGUUGUUCCUGCUCACCCUCUGAAUGCAUCAGCUUUGUCAACAUGCUGCAUAGUGUCCAUCUGGGCCGUUUAACGUCUCAUCCUCACCUCGCUGCUUCCUCAAAGGCGUGUUAACGGACGUGUGAUGGCAUUUUUCAGCGAGCCCAGCUAGCCUAGCUGGCAGACUUUGUCUCCGUCGUCGCCACAGUCCAGCUAACCAGAACGAGUUGUUGUUAGCUCCAAGGUAGCUCUCGGCGAACAUGGCGAUUGUGUCUGGCUCCUGUGCCAGGGUGAACGGCUCCAGGAACGGGCCCUCCGUGGCGGCUACACCGUCGGGCUCGGUCGGACAGUCUCAGCCCAUGAUCGCGGUGUGGGAAUGGCAGGACGACCUGGGCUACUGGAGGCCUUACAGCGGCCAAGUGAGCGCCUACAUCGAGCGGUGUCUGUCACCGCGGGGCCAGAGAGGAGGGGCACCCGGCUCAACGAGCAUCUGCCUCGGACAAUCAGACCCCAGCCUGUCGCCCUACCUCAUUGACAUACCGAGCUUGAAGCAAUUCCGGCAGGACACAGGAAAGACACGGUCAGUACGUCGGUCCCUGUUUGCCCAGUCCUCAGGGCUCGGCAGUGGAGUUUACUGGGAAUGGGUCAACGACGAAGGAGGAUGGACUCCAUACGAGACUCGAACCUCCAUCCUUUUGGAGCACAGCUAUCAGGCCCGCCAAGGCACGGCAGACUUGGGCCCCCACGGAUACAAUUACAUCGUGGAUCUCACGUCUCUGGCCCAGGUGAACAAAUCGACGGGCUUCAGGCGCCAGGUGCGACGGCAGUGCAAUCUUCCGUACCCGCUAGCCUCCGCUGGCCCCCCGGCUAUCCCCUCAGGCCCCGCCUGCUCCUGCCAGCAGUGUUUGAGCCACAGCAGCACAGGGCCCAUGCCCAGCCGUUCACGACAUUCCUUUUCGUCGGGGAGUCUGAACCGGCCGAGCCUCCAGGGGACGGGGAGGGCGGCGGCGGCUCACCCUACUUCUGUGUACUCGCCGUACCCGAGGAGACCCCUCUCCGUCGGGGGGAUGUCCUGGGGCAGCCCCUGGCCUCCGCCUGCCUCUGGUAGUCAGCUCUCUGCACCACUUCUGACCAGCUCUGCCAGUGCCAACGGGUUAAGUGUUCCUUCCAUCUCUGUGCAGCUGAACGGAUCCACCAGCGUGAGCUCCGCCCUGGCAGGCAUGGCCUCCAUUUUGAUGUCAGCAGUGGGACUCGGCGUGCACUUCACCUCCGCCCCCCUCCCUCAGCAGCAGCAGCAGCCACAACAACAACAACAACAACAACAACAGCAGCAGCAGCAACAACAACAGCAUCAGCCUGCUCCUUUCUCGCUUCCUCCUCCUCUCCUCCCCCCAGCCAGCAGACCCAGCAAGCCCCACAGCAGCAGCAGCAGCAGCAGCAGCAGCAGCAGCAGCAGUUCAGUUAGGAGAGCAAAGAGGCAGCACAGGAGAGCCUCGGCUCAGAGACCAGAGGAGGUGAUUCAGCGCUACAUGGAGGUGGUGGCCGGCGUGCCAGAUGAGGACUGUAUUAUCUGCAUGGAUCAGCUGUCCAAUCCAUCCGGCUACGAGACUCCGUCCACGGAGGAAGGAGGCCAGAGCAUCCUGCCAGACACUGUGGGAAAAUUCAUCAAAUGUGGACACACCCUGCAUAUGCUCUGCAUGCUGGCCAUGUACAACAACGGAACGAAGGACGGCAGCCUGCAGUGCCCCUCAUGUAAGACAAUCUACGGAGAGAAGACCGGGACCCAGCCCAAAGGCAAGAUGGAAAUUUACAGCAUCACCCAGUCGCUGCCGGGACACCCAGACUGUGGCACCAUCCAGAUCAUCUACAGCAUCCCACCAGGCAUGCAGGGUCCAGAGCAUCCCAACCCCGGCCAGCCCUACACCUGCAGAGGCUUCCCUCGAUUCUGUUUCCUACCAGACAACGACAAGGGCAGGAAGGUCCUGGAGCUGCUGAAGGUGGCGUGGAUGCGCCGUCUUAUCUUCACCGUGGGAACGUCCAGCACCACCGGAGAGCCCGACACGGUGGUGUGGAACGGCAUCCACCACAAAACCGAGAUGAUGUCCAACCUGUCGGGCCACGGCUACCCCGACCCCAACUAUUUGGACAAUGUUCUGUCUGAGCUGGCCUCUCAGGGCGUGACAGAGGACUGCCUCAAACCUCCAGGAAGUAGCAGCGGCGGCGGCAGCUAGGUCGCAGCUCCGAGGUUCACACACUUCCACUCACCGCUAACCACCGAGUUAACCCUUCCAAACCCUCCUCCACCAGGUGGACCUCCUGCAACCUCCGUCUGUUAAUAACGUCAGCGUCUACCCAAACCUCAUGGAGUGAGCGAAGGGGAAAAGCGAGCUAAAUAAAGGUCUGGAAUCCUCUCUGGAACGAGGCUGCCUGCUGAGAAUUGUUCUUGCUCCAGCACAUUUCUGCUCAUCACAUAUUCCAGGAGAUUGAACUCGGGGGGAACAAAAAAAAACGGGGCUCCACUUAACUCUGAGACUCUCUCAUCAAACCUCUAUAAACUGGAGAUUGUUUUUGUGUUUUUUUACCCCCAUUGAGCCUCAUCUGUAUCCUCUUGUUCAGCUUCCACGACGAUGGGAGCUAACGCCAGGGAUAAAAAUCUCAUGAAGCACUUUAGCUCUGACAGUGCAUUUAGCCGAGAAGAUGUGUGAUUUCCUGGUAAAAGGGCAGUUAACUUGUUUUCAAAUUGGGAACUCGUGCAGUCCAAGUGUUUCUGCUGAAAACUGUUGUGUUUAGCACAAUGACACACUGAAACUUCAAGUAGCAAAGUCAGUAUAUAUUAGCCUAUUUGAUGAGAAGAGGCAAUACUUUACUGUUGUAAAUAUAAAAAAAUAUGAAUGAAACAAAAGUACGUUUUAAAAAAACAAGUUGUGUCCACAAAUGCCAUAAAUAAAGUUGUGAUUUUAAUUGUUUUUAACAACAUUUAGCACCACUUCUAAUUUGACCAUGGUAUGUUUAAUUCCCGAACACAAUUUGAGAAGCAGACAUUUGAUGCACUUACAUGGUGAUUUGUCAUGUUUUGCAGUAUUUUCUGCAGCCAUCGUUUUUGUCACUUAAUAUGUUAGUGUUAACAUGUAUGUGGGAAGGCACAAGGUUACAGCGUAUAUAGCCACAGUUCUUUUUGUCUCGAACAGAUGGGAAAGCACCGACGAGAUGAGGGUGGGGGAAGAAAUAAAGAGGUAGUUCCGGUUAAGAAAAAUUUACAGUGUGACAAUCAAGAUCAUGGAAGUCGUCUUGAUUAAACAAGACACGUGGCGGCGCGGUGAGCGUAUUAAUGUUCCCGCGGGCUGCAACCUCCUGUAUUCACAUGCAUUAUUCUGCUCACAGUACUGCAGUACAAGUUGCUCAACUGAGUCUUGACAUGUAUACAACAUUGAGGAAAAAAAAUAAAUCUGCAAUAAAGAAAUAAUGCAAAACAA